UGCAUUAUGCUCGGUUGCCUCCGACUAAGGAUGAGCCCUUCGGGCAGUCGGAGUCCAGCCCCUCUCUCCUGCCAUGGGGGCAGCUGCUGUGUCCUAGCCCCGCCUCCUGGCCUCUGCCCCGCGAGCCCCCGCUCCCCGGCGCCGGGGAAUUCCGGGCGCCCCUUCCCGCACCCCUCUCUAGCUCCGUCGCGGGCGGAGUUUCCCCGUGGCCCGAGCCCGCCCGCUCUGCUGGUUUAUAGAGCCGCAGUGCGGAGCUCCCCAGUCACAGUGGAGCUGACUCACCUCUCAGCAGGACGCAUCAGACAGAGCCCCGCGAGCCAGGCUGGGACACAGCACAGACACAAAGUGGAGAUGUACCUGGGGUUCAGUAUCUACUGCACAGGGAGAACCAAACUACAAAGAAAAAAGAGGUUUAAAAGAAAGAAGAUGAUAAAAAUGAUGUCCAUUUUCAACAACAGUCCUUUUGGGACAGAUAAGAUUUCUGAUCACUGUGUCACUGGAGACAAGUCACCUGGAAAACCUUCUAUAUCAUCAGAAUCUGAGCCAGAUACAGUGUCCAUUGAAUCCACUGCAGAAGAGAUGCAGCCAAAAGACCAGAUGAAAACUGAAAGCCCAGGACAAGAUUAUGAUCUCAGAGACUCACAUGUACCUUCUACUGAAGCCAAUGGGAACUGUUCUCAUUCAUCUGACAAAGACAGUCCCAAAAAGAAAGGAAUAAGGAAAAAACUAAAAUACGUCUUUUCCAAUUUUCCGGGUGGUAAGAAGAAAGUGAAUCCAAUAGAAAAGAAUGGAGCAGUGACAGAAAACAAGCCACUGACAGUUGAACAAAUCAAAAAGCACCUGGAAGGUGACCAGUUCUUCAGUGCCAUUCAACACUUAAUUGCUCUGGAGAGGGCCCUCUACACCAGCUUGGAUGAUAAGAGUGACGAGGAAAUGUCACAGGAGCAAAGCAAAGUGGAAUCGCUCUAUGAAAUCCUGAAAAAUAAAGUCUUUGGCAUCAUAAAGAAUUCUAUAGCCCUUGCACCAGCUAAUCCAAAGUUACUGUUCCAUGCUGUGUAUGCAAUAGUGGAGCAAGAGGCAGAGGAUGAGAAGUACAAUUCAGAGAAACCACCUGACAAGAUUGUGAGUCACAGACCCAGAAAAUGGAGGGAGAUUUGGAUGGAUACGGUGAAGCAGUCUGUCGCUGAUCGGAUGAAAGACACUGAGCGCACCAGCUCUUCUGAGAACCUCUCUGCAGCUGCUCUUUGCUUCCUGCACAUGGGAAGAACAAUGAAAGAAGAUAUGAUAAUAGUGGUGGAACAUAUUAAGCAGCUUUACCCUGCGCAGUUUAAUGUGUGCAGAACAUAUGCAGAAUGUUACCACCACUAUUUCUCUUCUGAACUGCAGCUGAUUGCUGAGUUUGACCUGGGAGAUAAGGACACAUAUCUCCUCCUCACCUGGGUGCAGAACCUGUAUCCAAAUGACAUACAAAGAAAUUCCAUUUUAGUGAAAGAAUUGGAUGAAGCCAAGUUGGGCAGCCUUUUGCCACCCAAAAUGAUCAAACAGCUUGAAGCAAAAUACCUGUGUAAUGAAGCCGCUUCUGUCAAGAACUGGCUGGCCAAGAGUUUAGAAAUGGAAGUAAAGAGGUGGACAGAAGAGAAAGAGCCAGAGAAACUGGAUGGACGUUUUCACAGUGAAUUAGCCAUAGAUGUCAUCCAGACUAUUCAUGGAGGACAAAAACGAGCUGCAGAAAUUGCAUCUGAACUGGGCAAAGAACUGUCAGUCGUACUGUUGGUGGAGCUGAUGACAUUUUUGAAAAGCUACAAGAAGGCCUUAGAAGAGUUUAAAGAGAAAAACAAGCAACAUAGCUAUUUCAAGGCUGUGAUCAUUGCAAAUAUUAACAACUGCAUGAGUUUUAGAGACCACACCAAGAAAACCACAACCUCAGCACAGGACAGUAUGAGAGGGAAAAUACUUACUACACUUAGGGAAAUAGAGAACAGUGGCUAUGAUGUACUGCUUCAAGCUUUGGUUCUAGAGUUAAAGCCUAUUUUUAGAAAGCUCACACAAAACAAAUGGCUUUCCUGCAGCGAAACAAUGAAUGAAAUCCUCCAGGCCACCAGCAACCACAUUUCAGAAUUCAAGACUCUCCAUGACCCCCUCUACCAGGACAUUGUGGAGAAGAUUCAUGGUCACUUGGUGAGAGAAUACAUUGUAAGGCUAAUGAAGAAGAAAGUCAGCUUGAAAACCCCAGAACUACAGCAAAACUUGUCAAAGCUCAUUUCAGCUCAUGCCUCCCUCUUGCAAAACUUCUGCAAAGAGAAGGGGUCCAAAGCCAUGUGGUUGGAUUCUGCACUCCCACAACUGGCUGAAAUAAUCAGACUUCAGGAUUCAAGUGCCAUUAAAAUAGAAGUUGCUACAUUGGCUAAUAAAUAUCCAGAUAUCAGCAAAAAGCACCUUGCUGCCAUCUUGUACAUCAAGGGAAACUUGCCCAGCAAUGAAGUCAAAAGCAUCCUGAGCAUCCUGGAUGUCAGUGCCAAGCCCACCACUUCCAAUGAAGCUCUGUUUUCAGCCAUGAGGGUUUCGUAGUCUUGACCCCAGCACUCGCACUGUAUGGGACUGUUUGCAAUGCUAGUAAAAGUAA